GGCAUGUGUAUUCAGUGAUCCCAUUGAUUCGAAUCCGGGCCGGGCACCCAUCCCAUCCGUCAGUCAGUCAGUCAUAUCAUUCAUGCAUUCAGGCAGGCUGGCUGCUCUGCUGGCCUGCCUCCGAAAGAAACGCUUGCUUGCGUCAUCCCUCCCUGCAUCCACCCCUCAUUGCAUUGCCCCGCUCGCUCGCACCGCACAGUAGAACUAUGGCUGCUUGAGGCAGUCAGUGAGUGGGUCAUUGACUCACAUACAUACAUCAUCACAUGUACCCCUCGCCCUUGUCCAUGUACAUGGACUUGACCUGAACCUCCGACGACAACUUGGGACGACCUGAACCAAUCAAUCAGUCAAUCAAUGAUUGAAGCCAUCACACACACACACACACAUCACAUGAAGACGACGCACGACACGAGAAAGGCUCGGUCAGUCGGGGUGUCAGUCGGUGUGUCGUGCCUAUGACCUAUGAACUUCUCGCAGAUAAAGUACAUUUCCCGCGACUCAUUGCGAGAGGCCCUGAACCACAUUUGUGGAACCAUUGAUUGCAUAUGCGCAGCAAUUACACACAGGCAUGCAGGUCGUCACUCCUCUCCUCUCCUCUGGCGGCCUGGCCUGUCUGUCUGUGCGAGAACCCAACCACUAAAUCCACUCACUCACUCACUGACUGACUGACUGACCUUGGCUUGACAGAGCGGACCCUCUCAAACCUCGUUUUCAAGUAUACCUGCCAUGCCAUGCCACGCACACCACACCACACCACACACGGCAGCAAAGCAAUCCGUGCAGGCAGGCAGGUGAGCAGGCAGGUGGGCCGGGCCGCCGCCCACCCACCCAGCCACCCAGCCACCCAGCCACCCACCUUGAGGUUGUCCCCCUGUCCGCCAUAGAAGAGCUUGACGAUGAACCACCCCCCCAGCUUUAACACCUGGUGGACACGCAGCCACUCCCUUCCUCCCUCCGUCGGCCUAUGUCGCGUAUGUCCGUGUGAGGCCUGGAUGUCCCUCCCCGACUGCCUGGCUGCCCUGGAUGCCUGACCUGUUCGACGAAGUCACAGGCGAAGAGUGCGGUCUCAGCCGAUGCCAGGUGGUCGUCUUGUUUGACGCCGAUGAGUUUGGGUGCCAUGUCGCUGAGGACCACGUCGGCCCGCCGGUCGCCCAGGACGUUGAAGCAUCGGUCUAGGAUCUCCUUGUGGCUCACAUCGCCCUGGAUGAAGGUGUGGUGCAGCAACGGGUCCAUACGCACCUUGUCGACCCCCAGCACCACACCACGAGAGCUGCCGUCGCAGUACGUACGCUCAAGAGCUACCUGAGGAAGGAAGGGAGUGGACACCAGGGAGGCAGGGAGGGAGGGAAGUAAUGCCUCGUCGGAAUGAAAUGAAUGGUAAGGCAGGCGAGUAAGGAUGAGUAAGGAUGUAUGUGUGUGUGUGUGGUGUGUGGUCGUUCGUUCCUUCCUUGCUCACUUGUGACCAGCCUCCUGGGUAGCAUCCGAGGUCGACGACCACCUGGUGACGCUUGAGGAAGCAGAAGCGGUCAUCCAUCUGCAUCAGCUUGUAGGCGGCGCGGGACCGGUAAUUCUCCUGCUGGGCCUUCAUGACGUACCGGUCGUUGAUGUGGCGCUCUAUCCAUCGAACACUACAAGCAAAACACAACAGCACGGCAGCCAGCCAGUGGUGGAGGCAGGGAGGGAGGGAGGGAGAUGCAUACAAACAUACAAACAAAUACAUACACAGACAAACAGGUGGCCGCCCCGCCCCGGCCCGCCCACCCGGAUGGAUACCAUGCAGAUAUAUCUAUCUAUAGGAAUGAGUGUGGGUGGUUUCGUGCGUAGGGUACGUGCCCACCUGUGAUUACUCUUCCUGUUGGCCACGUGGCUCAUCUGCACCCCUCCAUGCUUCUGCCGCGCCCAGCUGCAGGAAGGCGCAGCGCAAUGAGCCACACGCUCCCCGCUCACUGAGGUGGACCGAAGCGCCUUUGAUGCCUUCUCCAUAAACGACUUACUACCACCAAGAUCUGCACUAGAGGCUGUUUCAACCUCCACGUAUCGGCUCCAGCGUCAUCCGUUU